CAAACAAGCCAGCACUCAGAUCACGUGAUAUUGCCGGACGUGGAUGUUGAUUAGCGGAUUGAUCUGCGUUAUCGCCAUCAUCAAUACAUCCUUUCUUAGCAUCCGCAACCCACUCAAAACGAAAGAUUAUUAACACACAAGCGACAGCAAUCCGGGAUGUGAAUGUCCUCGCUGUGGUUCUAGAGUCGGUGUGGAGGAACCAGAGCAGCUAGCAUCAUGUGUCGUUAACGGAGCGGUCGCUGAUCUGCAGCCGCUCUCCUCUCCUCUACCACCGGUCACAUCUGCCCUGUAGCCGCGAUGGGUGGCCGUCUGCUCCCGCUUUUCGCCGUCUUGUUGGCAGCCCGGUUGACUGUCGGAGACCCGGAGGGACCCGCUCAUGUCGACGGAGCUCCGCCUUCAAAAAUAGCGGUGGUGGGGGCGGGGAUAGGAGGCAGCGCCACGGCCCAUUUCCUGCGGCAGCACUUUGGCCCAGAAGUCCAGGUGGACGUGUUUGAGAAGGGUGAGGUCGGAGGGCGUCUCGCCACUGUGACUGUCAAUCACAAUGACUAUGAGUCUGGAGGCUCCAUCAUUCACUCUCUCAACCUCCACAUGCAGGAGUUUGUCAAACAGCUGGGUUUGAAGUAUCGUCGCAGCGUGGCAGGAAAGACAGCAGUUUUCAACGGCGAAGAGAUGAUUCUGGAGGAGACGGACUGGUACCUGUUGGACCUGUUCCGACUGUGGUGGCGCUACGGCAUCAGCUUCAUACGUCUGCAGAUGUGGGUGGAGGAAAUUAUGGAGAAAUUUAUGAGGAUCUACAAGUACCAGGCCCACGGCUACGCCUUCAGCUCGGUGGAGGAACUGCUGGACUCUCUUGGGGGCAGCGGCUUCAUCAACAUGACUCGCAGACCGCUCUCUGAUUCGCUGCUGGAGCUAGGUGUGUCGCAGCGCUUCAUCGAUGAGGUCAUCGCGCCCGUCAUGAGGAUCAACUACGGACAGAACGUCAGCAUCCCUGCCUUUGUAGGCGCCGUGUCUUUAGCUGGUGCCCAGAACAACCUGUGGGCGGUAGAAGGAGGCAACAAGCUGGUGUGUUCUGGCCUGCUGAAGAUGGCCGGUGCUAGCCUGCUGCAGGCACAAGUCAACUCCAUCUCGCCCGUCCACUCAGGAGAGGCCCUACAGUACCAGCUGAGCUUCACCACAGCAGCAGGGACGGGAUCAGAGCUGUAUGACAUCGUAGUGCUGGCGACGCCACUCCAGGCCAGUGUUGACUCUGGACUCCAGUUCCAAGGUUUCACUUCUCCUUUCGACGAGCUGCCUGGCAACUAUCACAGCACUGUAGCGACCAUCGUCCACGGCUACCUCAACACCUCUUUCUUUGGUUUCCCGGACCCACGUCUGUUUCCGUUUGCCAGCGUCCUGACAACAGAGUCGCCUGAUCUGUUCUUCAACAGCGUGGCCAGUGUCUGUCCCGUCAACAUCUCAGCAGGCUUCAGACGUAAGCAGCCACAAGAGGCUGGGGUCUACAAGGUGUUCUCACCACAGCCACUGGACAAGUCUCAACUCAAAACACUCUUCAGGUCAUACUACUCGGUGCAGGUGACGGAGUGGCAGGCCUACCCUCGCUAUGGCAGCAGCCAGGGACUGCCUCCGGUGGAGCUGCACCCGAACCUUUACUACCUCAACGGCAUCGAGUGGGCCGGCAGUGCCAUGGAGAUGAGCUCGGUGGCUGCCAAGAACAUCGCCCUGCUGGCCUACCACCGCUGGAACAGACAGACGGACAUGGUGGACCAGAGGGAUCUGAUGCACAGGAUCAAGACUGAACUAUGACCUGGUCACCGCGAAGCCAAGGAAAGUAUGUGUGAAGGAUAGAAUGGAACAUGUCUGCUGAAUUUUGAGCCGGAACAUAUUAAGACGCAGGGCCUACUUAAGUAUUCUCCAGUAUAUUUAGGGCACAUCCAUGUAACACAUUGCUUUUACUACGAAUAUCUAAUUUACCGACUCAGUGAUACACCAUCUGGCCCUGCAGUCUCCUAAAUAUACAAACAUGGUCAAAAAUUUAAAAAAAAACCCAAAUCAAAUCAAAUUCAUUGUAAUGGCACCAUUAAAAGCGAAUGUGGUCCUGCACUCCUGUCCAAAGGCCAGUUUGAUUUUGCUGAUACUUUAAUUCCAUGUGCCAGUGGCAUUGCAGAUAAAUGAGACGUGUUGCAGUUUUGGUUGGGAUCCGUUGCCAGUGCUAAUUGGUGGUUUCAUCCAAAAAUUCUGCCGCAGGAAGCUUUGCUUUGCCAAGAAAUAAGAAAACCAAGCAACCAGCUGAUGGAUAUUGUGGCUAGUGAAUGGACUGCUCGGAGGCUGUUUGUUGAGUUGAAGUCCGAGCUUACUGUUACUGCUCUGUGUAAAUAUAUGAUCCUGAAUCCAAGCCAAGAAAACGCACACACAAAAAAAAAAACAAUGCAGCUUUCAGAUAUUAGAGAAAUCAGUGCAGUCACUAAUUUAACUCCACUUUUAGUCUGUCAUCUAAUCAGAACUGCAGCACUGCUGUUACUGUGGUAAACGUAAGGACUGUUAAUGGACUUUCUGUUGGCACCAGUGAGAUCUCAUUAAAGUAAUCUCAGUGGGAUUUUUGUAAAUUAAUAAAAUAAUUAUUCAGUGACUCAUGGUGGUGGCCACUGGUGCUAUGCUCUAUUGCCCCUUUCAUCAGACUAUUUCAUUAUCUCCCCUUCCUGCUGCUUUUGUUGCGUAAUCCGGCGGAAAGAAUUUUUUUCAGGGAAUGGAGCCAAACAGCUUUCACACUGGACUGAAUAAAAGCAGAGGACAGAUCCGUGGUGCUGCUGUUGGUGGUGGUGAUGACACUUGUAUUUCCCCUUUUCUCUCAAGCCUUAAAGCCUUGUUGAGAUCCUGCUUUUCUAAUAAGGAUGGCAGUCUUGCACAAACAUGUAUAAAGAUGGAGUUGGACAUUCGCUUCCAGAAAUGGCAAGAAGAGUUAGAGAGAUGGUGUGACGACACAAGAAGAAACCACUGACAGUUGAUUAAACUUGUAAGACUUUGCGAAAUGCCUUGUUUUAUUUAUAUAUCAUUUAUAGCAAUGGAUUUAAGCUGAAGUGGGUUCAGAAAAACUUUUGUGUAGUGAAAACCUUGCCACUCCAAAGGGCUUCAGUUGAUGGACAUUAUGAUUGUCUCAAGUGGUAGGAAUUCACCACGUCCUUCUUAAAAUGAAGAACCUGUUUUAAAACUCUGCUGUGGUCGAGCUGAAAUGAAGACUGCUCACCUUAAGGUCUGAACAGCCGACUUCUUUCUGUUUUGUUUUUUUCCAAAAUUAGAGGUUUCAAGGUCAGUAGCAGCUUCUGUACAUAGAACAACCAAAUAUUUGUAGCAAUAGUACCUUUAUGAUAUGCUGCAAAGAAAAAAAAAUACACAAUUCAGAUGCACGCCAAACAAUCCCAACUCAAAGUUCACUUUCAGCAGAUUUCAGCUGUAUCACAGUUGUCGCUCAGUUGUCAUGAAGCUGGAUCCUGCAGCGCCUUUUAGAUUUCUCAUCUGUGUAGAAAUGCUUGUUUGAAAGUAGUGUGAUGUAGUUGAAAGUUCCAGAUUAGAGUAGUAGGUACAUUUUGAGUUGAGAUUAUUUUGUUCAGCUCUUCUUUUCUAGAUCUGAUUGAACUUUUCUGUGUGACUUUUGAGUGGCAGUACAGGUACAAGUUUUAAGAUUUAAAGAUGUAAAGGCAUGUAUAGUUGUAUCAUUUAAAUGGCACACAUGCAAAAAUAAAGAUACAGACAGUUUAUAUAUCAAGGGAGUUGGGUGAAUGGUUAGUGAAGAACGUCUAACAAUGUAGAAGGACUUCAUUCCAAGGGAAAGUCCUGCAUUUAAGUAAUUUUCAAAAUAUAUUUCAAAAGCACUGCAAUAAAAUGCCCUCUGUGACUGAUUUGACUUUAUUGGAGUGUUAAUGUGUAAAAAUGUAAAUGCAGCAGUUUCAUGGAGCAGCUGGUUGAGGUGGAGUUCAUUUCAACUGUUUCACGUACACUUUUUUUGAACUUUUCUGUAAUUUAUGUUUUGCCUUUUGUGAAAUAUCAAAUCAUUUUAACUCUACGAACCUAAUUGUUUUAAAGUAAUCACACAAAGUGUAAUGGGGUAAAUAUCUCUUAAGUUGAACAAAUAGCAUAGACAUCUGAACAAUGAGCAGGUGGCUGAACACUGAUUUUAGUUUAUUUUUUUUGUUUUUUGUGCGAGGUCAUAAGCCAGAAGGUUUUUUUUUUUUUUUAGUGAUACAAGAAUAAGUUUCAACAGUGCUGUGAUUUUAUUAGAAUUUUUUUUCAAGUAAAACGUUUGCUUCCAAAAUGGCUGUGAGAGAAAUGACAAAAAAAACAAUAUUUCUCUCUGAAAUGUGGAAAAGAAGUUUAAAGUGCACUUGAGUUAGAUAUUACCACCUCUUAAGUGUUGUAAGUGUUCACUCUGCAUUUAUAUGCAAAUGAUAAGGUUGUAUCUUGUGUUAUUCAAAGUAGUCUUGAUAUUUCUGAGAGAAAAUUAAUAACCCAACAGCACUGAUGGUGCUGAACAUCUGGUUACAUUUUAGGAGCUUGAAAUGUUCACUUCUGUAACAAGCAACAGAAGUGUGAUAUUUAUUUAAACUACAGACUCUUAACAGCUUGUGCACGCUCAUGUUUGACCUUAGAAAUAGUAUCUUGACAAAUCGUCCGAACUCAAGGUCCACUUGCUUUAUUUUUUUGUGGAGGUUUCCGCUGCAGCUCGGCGUCCUCACAAACAACCUUCAGUUGUUGUGGACCGACAAACCGACAAACAUCUGCUGAUAAAGAUAAUGACAUGCAACGAAAUAUUGAGUUAAUCAACAGAUUCUGUGUGACUGUUUACUUCUAACCACCGUGCAAAUUUCAGCAACGCAUGUUCCCACAUAUUGUAUUUCAUCUGCUUGAUGCGCAUAGUAACGCAGCAGUUUGAUGGUUUGCAUUUUCCUGACUGUUAAUAAAAUAAAAAGAAUUGCAUUUUC